AUGUAAAAUGCUAUAAUCAUCACUCUAGCUCGAAGUUUAAAUGCAUCACACUAUUUUGUUUUCUCCGAAGUUCCAAGACAUAGAGUUUCUCAAGCCUCUAUUGUAAAAACAGAAGGCAAGGAAAUUAAAAGAAGAUUACUUUUUUAGCAUAAAACAGUGCUUAUUGAUAAUUUGGUUAAAAACACUAAUAAUUAGCAGAAAAAAAAUAAAAACUUCAAGGAAAAAAUGUAUGAGAUGGAUUAUUCUCGACAAAGAAGAUUGAGCUGCUCUUGUAACGAGUGUGGCAAUAGAUCAGCUAAGAUGAACAAAUUCCAUAAUGUAUGUGAGAAUUAUGAACAACCUUCCAAAGAAUUCUGGUCAAGUUUAAUUAUAUAAUAGCAAUAAUAAUCAUAAGUUACUAUUUCAACAAAAUCCUUAAAAUCCACUGCGACCCUUCUCUCAAUCCCUGACAUUAGUCUCAAAAAGCAACAAUCGAAAAUAUAGAGUCCAAUGUCUAAGAGAUAUAAACGAGAUCAAAAACUAAUCUCUCCUCCUCCACUUAAUUUGAGACCAUAUCUUUAAUGA